AUGUCUCUGAGCUUUAUGGAUUACGUGGAGAAUUUUCAAGUGAUCCCACUACCCAAAGAGAAGAUUCAACUGAGGAUCGGAGUAAACAGUGGUUCGUGCGUUGCCGGAGUCGUUGGUCUAAGCAUGCCACGUUACUGUCUAUUCGGUGACACCGUUAAUACAGCAUCAAGAAUGGAAAGCAACGGAAAACGUAUGUUUGAUGACUAA